AUGUUUCCUAAUACGUCAUUAGACGCCAUAACGGAACACCCUUUAUACUGUUCAGGUACAGUCGCUCUAAAAGAGGAAUUAGUGGAUAAUCCCAUUAUUAUGGGGAGUUUAACCCGGUUGAAUCACUUCUUAAUUAACAUGCGCUGGGAUUUUCAAAAGGGAGUUAUUCAGUCCGAAUAUAUUCUAAACCUUCAGCGAGAAUUGGACCACACUCCUGCAGAACUCCUCAGCGAUAAGCUGAACUUUAUUUAUUUUCGGGAAUCCCUCAAUUUAUGGACUAGAGUGAAUGAGUGGUAUCUGCAGAAUUUAGGCGUUCCUGGCCCUGCUAAUUUUCUUCAAGAAUAUGAAGAAAAAUGUUAUUCGAACUAUGUUAAAGUUAUGGAAAUUCCCACACCGCUGGAAGAAUGGAAUUUUAAAUUUUUAUUUAGUAUUCUAGCUAUCGGUAUUUUCUGCCUAUUCCUAUUCUGUUGGAUGAAACCUUACUUGCCUACCAGUCUUGAGCAGCAAUCAUCUUUGCUUAUGCGGACGAAAGUCUUUCCACAGCACUCCGACAGAAGUCUCAUAUGA